CGAAGCUGGAGCUGUCCCGUAGAACAUAGAAUUUCGACUGCGCAAAUUAACGUUCCUCCGCCUCGAAUCCCACGAUUCUUCAACAGUCUUCCUACCAUGUCUGCUACGGAAGUCCAAACCACGACUGCUGCCGGCGAAAAGUCGCUUGGCAUGCGGAAGAAUGGCAAGCAAUGGCACGAAACGAAGAAGGCGUUCAGGCCGACGGCUGGCUUGACUUCCUAUGAGAAGCGCGCCAAGGACCGCGUUGCAAUGGCAUCGAUGAAGGCCAAGGAGAAGGAGAUGAAGGACGAGAAAGAGGCAGAGCGCAAGCAACGUAUCCAAACCAUUAAGGACAGAAGGGCCGCCAAGGAAGAGAAGGAACGCUACGAGAAGAUGGCCGAGAAGAUGCACAAGAAGCGCGUGGAGAGACUCAAGAGGAAGGAGAAGCGCAACAAGGCCAUCAACUCAUGAGCUGCAUUGCGGGUAGACCGCUGUUGGAGCGGGCACUGCGAUCGAAUCUCGGCGCCGACAACGUUCAGGAAAGGUAGCGCCGGUCCCCCCGUGACAAAUACCGAAACAGGUUCGGUGAAGGGAAGAAGGAGUCGGGCCUACCGUGCCCGGAUUCGCACGUCUCGGCGAACAGAAUACAUGUUACAGAGGCUCAUGCGAGGGCGAACGUUAUGUUGAAAGGGCAAGUCCCCGGCAGAAGCACAAGGCUGCGACAAGAGACAGCCCAUGGGGCCAGCGAGCAAGGACACGAAAGGCUGGACUUUGGACCUGGUGGCAGAGGAGGAGCGAGAUGGGAGGGAAGGCGGAUGAGCUAAUCCAUCAAAGACAUGUAUAUGUACGUUGUACCGCACAGCGGGACGUAGCCCGACGAGGCUACCCAGCCCGAGCUUUUUCACCCGGUAAAAUCGGAUUGAAAAGGCCAGAUGACGGAAAUGGAACCGAGCCAAACACGGGUCCGAGUCAUGGUCACAUAGAAACAAGAAGCGUGUGACAUGAAGCCCUCCUUCUUUUUGGGUUUCUAGCCA